AUGACGGCGACAAUGGUGGCACUGGUGGCCAUGGGUAGUGGCACAGCGGCACCAACCAUGGGUAGUGGCACAGCGGCACCAACCAUGGGUAGUGGCACAGCGGCACCAACCAUGGGUAGUGGCACAGCGGCACCAACCAUGGCUAGUGGCACAGCAGCACCAACCAUGGCUAGUGGCACAGCGGCACCAACCAUGGGUAGUGGCACAGCGGCACCAACCAAGAGCAGCAGCAGCAGCAGCCCUCCUCCCCUCCACACAACUCACAGAGUCGUCCUAGACACCAUGAACAAAUACGUCAUGCAGUGGACGCCCAGAAACGAAGAUAUCAUCUUCGACAUUCAGGUGGCGACGAACGGGUAUGUGGGUCUCGGGUUCUCCCCCAACGGCGGGAUGAAGGGCGCCGACAUCGUGCUGGGCUGGGUGGACGACUCCGGAAAGGUCUUCCUGCAUGACCGGCACGCCACGGGGUACGCGGUACCAGUCAUCGACGAGUCCCAGGACGUGACGCUACUGGGAGGGUACCAGAACGACACCCACACAGUGCUCAGGUUCUCCCGCCCCUGGACCACCUGCGACACUCUCUCAGACCUCCAGCUUUCUGACGACACAGUGAGGGUGAUCUGGUCCUACGGCGAGGAGGAUCCAACUGAUGCAACGACGCUCAAGAAGCACACCCACAGGGGAUCCAAGUCCCUCUUCCUGAGGCAAACUCAGUUUGUGCAGCCAUCCCUUAGUGAGGACGUCAAGUUUUGGGAGAUUUUCUCCCCCAACGUGCGUCUGCCUGCCCACCUCACGACUCUCUACUGGUGCAAGCUGCACAAGGUCCCUCCCUUGCCUCUCAAGACUCACGUUAUUGGGUUUGUUCCAGUGAUCGAGGAGAGGAACGUGGAGCAUGUCCACCACAUCCUGCUGUACGAGUGCCACUUGCCUGACAGUGCCAGGCACUAUGACAAGUGGGUCGACCUGCCAGGCAGCCAGUGCUAUGGGGCCAACAUGCCAGUCUCUUGGAAAUACUGCACUAGUCCCAUCGUUGCCUGGGCCAUCGGUGGCCAAGGAGAGAUGUACCCCAAACACGCGGGUCUCCCGCUGGGAGAGGAACAUGGAGGCGCUACCUACUUCCUCAUGGAAACUCAUUAUGAUAAUCCCAACCUAAACCCAGGCGUUGUUGACGCUUCUGGUUUACGCAUCUUCUACACUGAGCGGCUGCGUCAGUAUGACGCCGGGAUCCUGAUGGUGGGACACAGCGUCUCCCCGAUGCACAUUAUCCCACCCAAUCACAAGUGGACUUCCGUCGGCCUCUGCGACAGCUCGUGCACCCUUCUGGAGCUGCCAGCCGGAGGAUUGCAGGUUUUUCAGGGGCUCCUUCAUUCACACCUGCUGGGCCGCGGCCUCUCCCUCAGACACAUCCGCGAAGCCAAAGAGCUGCCCCCACUCCUGAAGGACAUGACUUAUGACUUCAACUACCAGCAGACAAGGGUGCUGACGGAGGAGGUAACUGUCCUGCCCGGGGACUACCUCAUCACAGAGUGUACAUACGACGCCACCAACCGCCACCAGCCCACCUUCGGAGGGUUUAACACCGAGGAAGAAAUGUGUCUUGGGUUCAUAGCGUAUUACCCACGUGUCAAUCUGUCUAUGUGUACCUCAGCCCCGCUCUUGGACACCGUCCUUGCUUCUCUCGGUAUACAAGAUAUAUAUAAUAAAAAACAGGUGUUGGACGUGGACGAGGAAGCCGAGACGGAGCUGGCCGAGGCCCUCAGAAAUGGCAGCGUCACCCCAGAGGUCAAGGCCAUCAAAUUGGCCCAAUUGUUACGCAAAGUGGUUGUCAAGGCCCCUGACAAAUACGUCAACAUGUCCCUUUACGACAUCCUGGAGGACAAAGCAACGUGGGAGGACACAGAGAUGGCGGCAGUACUGCAGGAGAUGGUCGUGUUUGGCGCGCACUCCAGCACCUGUCGAACACGGGACAGCGUCCGUGUCUUGGAUCAAAUGACGACUGUCCAGUACCCGAGCUACGCAGCUCUUCAGUCGACCGUUGAGCAGUGCGUCGCCGACCGGCCAGCAGUUCAAGACCAACCGGGGAAUGUCACCAACAGUCUCCAACCUCCCACAGCUCAAGACCAGCCGAGGAAUGUCACCAUCAAAUUUCCACCUCCCAUAGUUAAAGACCAGCCAGGGAAUGUCACCAUCAAAUUUCCACCUCCCAUAGUUAAAGACCAGCCAAGGAAUGUCACCAUCAAAUUUCCACCUCCCAUAAUUCAAGACCAGCUGGGGAAUGUCACCAACAGUCUUCGUCGAAUGAUGUUCACGCACCGAGAAGUGUUGGACCGGUCGGGCAGGUAUAUAAUGCUCUGGACCCCGAGGAAGAAUGAUAUCAUUAUUGAGUUACAGGUGGCGACGAAGGGGUACGUGGGCCUCGGGUUCUCCUCCAACGGCGGGAUGAAGGGCGCCGACAUCGUGCUUGGCUGGGUGGACGACUCCGGAAAGGUCUUCCUGCAUGACCGGUACGCCACGGGGUACUCGGUACCGAUGUUGGACGAGUCCCAGGACGUGACGCUGCUGGGAGGGUACCAGAACGACACCCACACAGUGCUCAGGUUCUCCCGCCCCUGGACCACCUGCGAGCUCCACACAGACUUCCAGAUUUCGGCCAACGCCGUGAGGGUGAUCUGGUCCUACGACAAGGAGGAUCCCACUGAUAUAAUGGCGAUGAAGUGGCAUGAUCAGAGAGGAACUAGAUCUCUCCUCCUGCAGCAGCCGCAGGCGGCCCGACCCUCCUUCAGCAGCGAUGUGAAGACUUGGGACCUACUCUCUCCCAAUGUGAGUUUACCUGUGGACCAGACAGGUGUAAACUGGUGCAAGCUCUACAAGACCCCUGUUUCACGCAAGGUUCACGUUAUCGGGUUUGUUCCAGUGAUCGAGGAAAGGAACGUGGAGCAUGUCCACCACAUCCUGCUGUACGAGUGCCACUUGCCUGACAGUGCCAGGCACUAUGACAAGUGGGUCGACCUGCCAGGCAGCCAGUGCUAUGGGGCCAACAUGCCAGUCUCUUGGAAAUACUGCACUAGUCCCAUCGUUGCCUGGGCCAUCGGUGGCCAAGGAGAAAUGUUUCCGCAGCACGUUGGGCUUCCUAUGGGGGAGGAACACGGAGGCGCCACCUUCUUCCUGAUGGAGACUCGCUAUGAUAACCCCAACCUCAAGCAAGGCGUUGUUGACGCUUCUGGUUUACGCAUCUUCUACACUGAGCGGCUGCGUCAGUAUGACGCCGGGAUCCUGAUGGUGGGACACAGCGUCUCCCCGAUGCACAUUAUCCCACCCAAUCACAAGUGGACCUCCGUCGGCCUCUGCGACAGCUCGUGCACCCUUCAGGAGCUGCCUGCUGGAGGAGUACAGGUGUUUCAGGGGCUCCUUCACGCCCACCUACUCGGCCGCAGCCUCUCCCUCAGACACAUCCGCGAGGCCCAAGAGCUGCCCCCACUCCUGAAGGACACGACCUACGACUUCCGUUAUCACGAGUCGAGCAUAGUAAUGGAGGAGACGUCCGUCCUGCCCGGGGACACUCUCAUCACUGAGUGUACAUACGACGCCACCCACCGCCACCAGCCCACCUUCGGAGGGUUUGGCGCAGAGGAAGAGAGUUGUUUGGCCUUUCUAGCCUACUACCCGCGCGUCAACCUCUCCACCUGUACCUCAGUUCCUUCCUUGAACGCCAUCUUUGACGUCUUUGGAAUACAAGAUAUAUAUGACAAGGAAGAAACAGAAAAGAUUUUUCGAGGCAGGUUCUAUUACGUAUAUGUGAACAUAUUAAUAUAUCAUAACCAACACCCUUACGUCACUGACACCAAGUAUACAGACUAUACGCCAGGUGUGUGUGUAUAUAUAUAUGACCACAGUCACAUGUGUGGGAGCCUCAGGUGUGUGUCCUUCUUCAGGUUGGAGGUGGACGAGGAGGCUGAGACGGCGCUGAGAAAUGGCAGCGUCACCCCAGAGGCUCAAUUGUUACGCAAAGUGGUUGUCAAGGCCCCUGACAAAUACCUCAAUGUGAGCUUCUACGACUUACUUCACGAUGAGACAACAUGGAGGAACAGAAGAGUGCAGAAGGCGCUGCAGAAGGCCGUGCUGGGGACUUUCUCUACCAUAUGUGGAGGUCGGCAAGGCUCCGGAGUACUGCACGUGGGUGGUUCCCUUCUCAGGCGAUACCAUACUGUUGGCCUUUUGCUUUAAGCGCGUCAUCACUU